UAAACCCCCUCCCCUCCCGCACCGCUUCCCCAACCCGCCCUCGUUUUUCUCGAUCUCUCCACAGCUCUCUCUCUUCAACUUGACUCCCAAACCGCCAGCCGCCGGCCGCCACCGCCGCCCCGCUCCCGAGGCACUUCCGGUCGCCGCUUCUGGCGCCCCGCGAGGACAGCCCCUGGAGGGACCGACUACCGCAGCCGCUUCCCGUGCCCCGCCUCUCGAGGAGCCGGGGCCGGAAUUGGCGCGCCGUAUCCGUACCGUAUCUCUCCGAUUCGAGCCGUUGUACGCUCCGGGCAGGCACCGAUCCCGCUCCGGCGGACGCGGCGGCGCGAGGCGUGAUGUGCGGAUCGGAGCAUGGACGUGAUCGCGUCUGCGCCCAGUAGGAGCUGCUGCUGCGUGGGCCGGCGUGGGAGCGGAGGUCGUUGCUGCGCGUGCUGCUGCGGAGUUGACGAUGUACAUAGCGCGGGAGGCGUCCAAGGUCUCGCCGCGAUUCGAUUUGGUAUGGAGGAAGGUGACUGUGGAGAUAUCGGUGGAGCUGCAGCUCCUUCGCGAGAAGUGGGGCCUCCUACUCGCCGGGCUGAUUUUUCAGUACAUUCAUGGAUUGGCUGCUCGAGGAGUGCAUUAUUUGCAUCGACCUGGACCACUGCUCCAGGACUUGGGAUUUAUGGCCCUUCCAGAGCUUGGGCAAGACAAAGGUUACCUUAGUGAGAGCAUAUUUUCUUCCAUCUUCAUCUCCUUUGUGUUGUGGACAUUUCAUCCUUUUAUUUAUCACAGCAAACGUUUCUAUACUGUGCUAAUCUGGCGCAGGGUGCUUGCUUUUUUAGUUGCUUCACAGUUUCUAAGGAUUAUUACAUUCUAUUCGACCCAGCUCCCAGGUCCAAAUUAUCACUGCCGUGAGGGCUCUAAAUUGGCAACUCUUCCACCACCCAAUAGUGUACUUGAAGUUCUUCUGAUUAACUUUCCUCGCGGAGUGCUUUUUGGUUGUGGUGAUUUGAUAUUUUCAUCUCACAUGAUUUUCACUCUUGUUUUUGUCCGAACAUACCAUAAAUAUGGCUCGAAAAGAUUCAUUAAGUUCCUUGCUUGGUUCAUGGCUAUAAUUCAGAGUCUUCUUAUAAUUGCUUCCCGCAAGCAUUAUUCCGUGGAUGUUGUUGUUGCAUGGUAUACUGUAAAUUUAGUGGUAUUCUUUGUCGACAACAAGCUUCCAGAAAUGCCAGAUCGGACAAAUGGAGUACCUUUGCUUCCGUUGAGCACCAAAGAAAAAGAGAUCAGGUUGAAGGAAGAGAAAGACAGUAAACUGAAGGAUGAGUUCCACAAGUUACUGAACGGGAACCAUGGGGACCCUACUGAUCGGCGACAGCGGGCGCAGAUGAACGGGAGGCACGACGAAGACAUCAAUCACGCGCUCUCCGAGGCCACUGCCAACGGCACAUAAGGGGCCGGCGGCAUCUGCUUUUCACCGGGAGCUUUGUCCUUGGCGCCCGGAGGAGAAUCCUCCGGGGGCCGAUAAAAACUUGCCCGGGGGCCGCCUGUAACUCUGAAGCCGUCCAAGAUUCCAGCCGCAGCAUUCCACAUGCAUGAUGCAUCUCCCUGAACAGCCCCGUUGCGCUGUGCAAGGAUCAGAAUCUCGUGGCGUUUCUCGGCACAGUUUUGCAUCACCCUUGAUUGCAGUGACAUUUCUCAGGAUGGCACAGGGAAAAAAAAGAGAGAAUUGGUCUUAAUGUACAUAUCGAUCCGCUAAACACAUGGGAGCAUUCGCGGGGGUCUUGCGUUUGCUGAUGUAGGCGAUGAUGCUUAGCCGUAGCCCCGAUGGCUUUAGGGUGCGAGAUGUUACUUGGCGUUAA